UUGUCUGUAUGCAAAUGGACAGUUGCAGAGGAGGGAGAGGAGGAAGAAGAGGAAGAGAAAAAGGAAAUCGUGAUGGACAGGACAGAGACGUCCUUCUGUCUAAAUCCAUGUCUUAUGCACUACGUCAUCGGGCGAACCAGAUGGGUCUUGAAAUGGGUACAGCUUCCGUACCCUGCAGAUGGCUUCCUGUUUGUGGACGAUCUCCUGGCAAACCCACAGUUCUCCAAAUACACUUUAGAAGAUGUUCAGAGAGUCGUGGCCACAAAUGACAAACAGCGCUUUAAGCUCCGUUCCCACCCAGAGAACGGUCGUCUGCAGAUUCGAGCCAAUCAGGGUCAUUCAUUACAGGUUAGGGAUCUGGCUCUGAAACCGGUUCUAUCUGGUUCUCCAGACGUCCCUGCUGAGGCUGUUCAUGGCUCGUACCUCCGCAACUGGAGGUCCAUCCAGCAACAGGGCCUAAGCCGCAUGAAGAGGACACACAUCCACCUGGCACCCGGACUGCCAGGAGAGGAUGGCGUCAUCAGUGGCAUGAGAAAAAAUUGUGAUCUAGCUCUGUUUAUUGAUGUCCCCAAAGCACUUGCUGACGGUAUUGAGUUCUUCUGGUCAGAUAAUGGGGUACUGCUGACGGCUGGUGAUGCUGAGGGUAAACUUCUCCCUAAAUACUUCAUUCGAGCCGUCAGAUUAAGACCUACAAGGAGCAUGCUGCCGCUGCAGUAG